UCGAGCUUAACAAUUUUAAAAUGAUUUAAAUUUUUAAAAAAUAUUAAUAAUUAUCAUAACAGCUUUGAUAAACAACAAAUAGAUAUUACAAAAUCUAUUUAACUUAGUGCUGAAGUAUUCUGCAGAGGAAAUGACAAUAUUAGUUUCCCUUUAUCGUAAUCGUUCGUCAUAUGACAUGCAUAGAUUUGUUUAAUUUUUUUUUCUUCUUGGUUGUGAUAUUUUGUAACUCUUAUUAUUAAUCAUUUGAGUAAAUGAAAGUUUCCAAAUUUAAGUAUGAAGAUUUCGAAAUCAAGUACAGUUUUUUAUAAGAGGAAAUAUCCCAAAGGAAAUUACGUAUAAAAUAGUGUUGUUAUGGUUAGCAGUUCACUUUUAUUCUUCAAAAAUUUCGAGUGGGAAAAUGUGAAAAAAUGAUAUCGGAAGCUGAAAAGCAGCAUUUGAAAUUCUUUCCCUUGAAUAAGGAGAAUGUGUUUUCCUAAAUGGAUGCCAGAAACGAAGAAUACCGCCCACUCUUUGGUGGAGAGGUGACAGAUAAACCUUUAUUUGGUGUGUCAAACAAAAAGGACAAAAUUAUUAACCUGUUUGUUGGAUGUGUAACUACUUUGAUAUUUGUGGUUACAUUGCUGUCUGCCUUUUUAUCUCGAACUCCACCUCGGGGAUUAAAUAUAUAUUUUGCACUUUGCAUUUCACUCAUCGGUUUCAGUCAUCUUUUAUUGAUUUAUUGGUAUCGUCAAGGUGACCUUCAUCCUAAAUUUAGGUUGCUAAUUUAUUAUAAUGCUUUCACUGUAGUACUUCUCAGCAUUUGUGCCCUUUCAUUUUUCUUCACUGAGGAGUGACAAAUGCAUGCUCUCUAACUGUGAAAGUAAUAUGUGAUACAUUUCCAUUCCACAUGGCUUGCAAUUUAUGUAAUAAAAGUCUACACCAAAGAUUUGUUUAUUAACUUCUGAAAAGCAUGCAUCAAUUCUCUCCACAAAGUCUGGGAUACAUUUUGAAGUGUCUACAUUUUCUAUUCACAAAUUUGGCAUCACUAAAGCACAUUCAAAUUGCAUAUUAACUGCCAAACUAUAGUAGUGAGGCAUGUGAUUAAGCAAAGUAUAUUCCAAAGUUUUGUUAAAAGUGAGAUUAUUGGUUUAUUUUAUAUUUGUGAUUGUUUGUAUUUAUCUGUAUAUUGCAUUUUUGUAUACUCUAUUUUGCAAUGAAAAUCAAAUUUGUUUUAGAUAAGUUUUGAAAUGCAGUAUUUUUAAAAAUAUUAUGUUAUGUUUGUACAGCACUUACAAAUGAGUGAAGUAUUUUGUAUAAAGAGUUUUAAAUCCAAAAUUAAGAAAAAUUGUUUUUAGCAAUAAAUUAUCAAGAAAUUAUCUUUGUUUUUAAGAUGUGCAAAGAUUUGACAAAGUUAAAAAUUUACAUUCCUGUAAUUUCAAGUAAAAUUGUUUAAUAAAUAUUUUACUAUGA